GACUUGAGUCGAUCUCGGGACAGGUUCCUGUUCGGAUACAACAGAGGCUCGGGUCACAUCUUCUCGGCAAGUGGCGCCCUCUUCUUCACAGCCAAUCAGCGGUUUGCGGGGCUCGGGGCGGCGCGGGGCAUCACGUGUCGCACGUGGUACUCGUGCCUCUACUGGCCGGAUAUGGACGCAACCAUGAACGUCACGUGGUACUUCUCAGAUCCUAGGAACUGGGACACAUCAUUGGCGCUGCAUAACGUCCCUGUCAGAGUCCAUGUCGUCGGCAGGGUGGGCGGUGACAACGCACACAACUUCGAACACAUCUACGACUUGAUGCAUUAUACACCCUUCAUAGAGUCUGUGUCCGACUUUGAGACACCAAGUGGAGUUACGUGUCCCGGGCGGAAAAAUACGAAGGCGUUUCCGAAUCUUGCCGAUGCGUUUUCGUUCAGCGUCGAGAUUGUGGACAACAUACGACAACAAGUUAGUUUUAUGAAAGAGUGGUAUGACAGGAGUAUGGGACUCGUUCAGUUUAUGUACAAACCGUCCCCCUCGUCCCAGAGUCCGUACGGGAGUCGUCCACUGAAAGAGAUUCACGACUUUAAUACAGGUGUUGCUUACAUAAUGGACCCCAUGGUUGGAAACUGUACCGUGCGGCGUAUCGAACCCGGGUCGUUCGAUGAUAAGUCAGUGGAUCCGCAUCACGUCAGAAUCAGAACAUCAAAGGAAUUCUUCUACACCGACGCCAGCAUCGUCACAUAUGAAGGCGUG